CGAGAUUCCAGGUAGCGUCACGUCACCAUAGCGACGGUAUACACAUCUCUGCGCCACAGAGCGCUGAAUAUUCCGUUUCCCGCCUUGGAGCAGGCUGGUUUACUGCCGGAGUGUGGGACCUAGCAAGGUCGCUGCUGCUCCCCGCUGCCGCUGCCUGUGUGGCCGCUCUCGGACCUGGUGGUGUCCCUACUCUCCGCGGAGUGUAGUGGGGCUGACUGUGAAGGCUCAUUAGAUCCGGUCCAUCGCUUCAGCAAGUGGAGAUCUUUUGGGAUCCCAGUUUUGUCAACCAGAGCAUUAAACUCUCCCUCUCAUCUUUAUGUCAUCUCCAGAUUUGAUAGAUACCUCAUCUGUGCCAUCAUCCAAGUCAUUAACAAAAUGCUGAACAGAACAAGGCUUAUACUGAACACAAUAUAGUCCACUAAACUCACCAAUGAUUUUUUCACUUGAAAGUCUCACUUCCCCUAUUCAGUACAUGUACAAUUGAUUGUUUGGAAAAAAAAAUUUCUUUUAAAAAACUAAAUAUUUUGCAUUUAUCUUGUUAGCUUCUGCCUACUAUUCCAACCUUUACAUUAUCUGGAUUUAGCAACUUAUUGUUUUUUCAAUAAUGCAGUUAUGCCCUUACUGAGAAGUACCCAGGAAAUGCACUUAUAGAGCAAGGAAAGAAAAAAUUAGGAGUUCCUGAAAUUACUUAUAAAAGAUAAUAAAGGUAGGGAGUGAUGACUCAGAGAAUGUUCAGGUUAUCUGAUUAGAUAGAAGUUGUCUAGUUUGACUUCAUGUUACAGUGAAGAAAUAGAGGCACAGAGGUCUAAAGUGGUUUGACAAAGGUCAUGUAUCUUGAAGGUCGCUUAGCCAAGGGCCUUAAAACCAGUUUUUCUGAAUGGUGACAUGGUGGUCUUUCUGGACUGUGCUAUGUAUGCAAAAGACUGAAAGAGUUUAUUAAGAUAAGAGGAAGUUUUUCUCCACUGAAAGAGUUGGGUAUCAGGAAAAAGAAAGGGUUAAGAGCUCAGCAGGUAGAAUGGUCCCAGUGGAAAGAAUGAACCCACAUGCACAUGAAGGAAACGAACAGAAAGAAAACACAUCUGGAUGUGAGAAAUGUUCUCUUAGUAAAACAAGAAGACGGAAUUGAGUGUGGAGACUCAACUACUUUCCGAUGUCUAACAAUGGUCAUCACUGUCCACAAGCAUUUUUUGAGCAUCUGCUGUAUGCUGAGCAUAUAUCUAGACAUUGUGGGGAGGGAUUCAUAAGAAAUAAAAGACGCAGCCCCUGCCCUCAAGAAGCUUAAAAUCUAAUUGGGGAGACCGAACAUUCCAAUGAAGAGACGUAAAGACAAGCGGCGGAUCAUAAAAAUGGGCACUCGAAAAAAAGUACAUGCGUAUGUAAGGGUUAAACCCACAGAUGAAUUUGCUUAUGAAAUGAUUACCUUUGGAGAAGACAACAAGAGCAUUGAUAUUCAUAUCAAGAAAGAUGGCCGAAGAGGAACUGUCAAUAACCAACAGACAGACUGGUCAUUCAAAUUGGAUGGAGUUCUUCACGAUGCCUCACAGGAUUGUGUUUAUGAUACAGUAGCUAAGGAAGUGGUUGCUCAAGCCCUGGAUGGCUAUAAUGGCACAAUCAUGUGUUAUGGGCAAACAGGAGCAGGAAAGACAUAUACCAUGACUGGUACAACUGAAAACUACAAGCACCGAGGCAUCCUCCCUCGAGCUUUACAGCAGGUUUUUAGGAUGAUAGAAGAACGCCCCACACAUUCCAUUACUGUUCGAGUCUCAUAUCUGGAAAUCUAUAAUGAAACUCUGUUUGAUCUCUUGUCUACGCUUCCCUAUGUUGGCAACUCAGACACCCCAAUGUCUAUAGUAGAAAGCCCCCAAGGAAUCUUUGUCAAGGGCCUGUCUGUGCAUAUGACUGGACGGGAGGAGGAUGCUUUCAGUCUCCUUUUUGAGGGAGAGACUAAUAGGAUAAUAGCCUCUCACACAAUGAACAAAAAUUCAUCUAGAUCUCAUUGCAUUUUUACCAUAUAUAUUGAGGCUCAUUCAAGAAGUUUAUCUGAUGAGAAGUACGUAACUUCUAAAAUUAAUUUGGUGGAUUUGGCAGGUUCUGAGAGAGUGGGGAAGACUGGGUCAGAAGGACAAAUCCUGAAGGAAGCUACGUAUAUCAACAAAUCUUUGUCCUUUCUGGAGCAGGCUAUUAUUGCUUUAGGGGACCGAAAGAGAGAACAUGUCCCCUUCCGACAGUGCAAGCUCACCCAUGCUCUGAAGGACUCAUUAGGAGGAAAUUGUAACAUGGUUAUUGUGGCAAAUGUCUAUGGUGAAGCCACUCAGUUGGAUGAGACACUUUCUUCACUUCGUUUUGCUAGCAGAAUGAAAUUGAUCACAACUGAGCCUUCCAUCAAUGAAAAAUAUGAUGCAGAGAGGAUGGUGAAGAAUCUGGAGAAGGAGUUGAUUCUGCUCAAACAGGAACUAGCCAUUCAUGACAGUCUGGCUAACCGUGCUAUGGUCACCUAUGAUCCCAUGGAUGAAGUUCAAAUAGCUGAAAUAAACUCUCAAGUUCGCAGGUAUCUGGAUGGAUCUCUGGAAGAAAUUGACAUUAUUAACCUGCGACAGAUCCAGGAGGUGUUUAAUCAAUUCAAAGUGAUUUUAAGCCUACAAGAACAAGAAGUGGAGGCCAACUUACGUAGAAAAUACACCCUGAUAAACAAGAAUGACUAUGCGACCAUUACUGCAGUCCAGAAGGCUGGACUGGUUGAUGUGGAAGGUAACACAGUAGGAGAAACAGAUGGACAAGGAUUUGGGCUUGGUAUUGCACCUUUCUCUGCUAAGCCUGGAAAGAAAGGCAAGAUCAAGAAAUCAUAUAAGGAUAUACCUGGAGCUUUAGGCAAGAAGGAUGGCCUCCUCAGCCCUGUGAGUGGGAAGGAUGGAGAAAGUAUUUCCACAUCAAGGACUCAGCUGUUAUCAUCCUCCAAGGAAGCAGAUGUCAAGGAUGUGCUCUCCCGUGAUCGGGAAGCUUCCGGCAGCGAGCCUCUUGCAUCAGAUUCCCCUAAGGAAGAUUCUCGUAUCACCAGACCUGCUACCCCACCUCCUAAACCAUCAGCUUUUGAGGAAUUUAAAAAUGAACGUGGCAGUGAGAUCAACCGGAUCUUCAAGCAAAACAAAACCAUAUUGAAUGACCGAAGGAAGAAAGCCAGUGAGACUGCCCAGAGGAUCAAUUCUAUCAAAAAAGAAAUUGACACUACCAAAGAAGCACUGGAUGUGCAGAAAAACUUCCGAGAAGAACAAGGGGAAUAUGAGAAUAAAGGGCUGAUGAUCAUUGAUGAAGAGGAAUUCUUAUUGAUUCUUAAGCUAAAGGAACUAAAGAAGCAAUACCGGGGAGAAUAUCAAGAUCUGCAUGAUCUCAAAGCUGAAAUUCAGUACUGUCAACAUUUGGUGGACCAAUGCCGCCAACGAUUGCUCACAGAGUUUGAUAUCUGGUACAACGAAUCCUUCCUCAUCCCUGAGGAAAUGCAAGCGUCUCUGAAGGCUAAGGGUAGCAUCAGACUAGGCUUGUUUCCCCUGACCAAACUCACAUCACUGGCUGAAGAUGAUGAGGAGAAAUUUGGCCAAAUCCAAGCUUCAGUCCUCCCUGACUGUCCCGACUCGGUCUCUUUCUACAAUGCCAGAAUGAAGUUUGACCAGAAGCAAAACUACUCCAAAACCAUGGCGAGUUUCCAAAAUAAGACAUCUGGCCUAAACCCCACUGUCCUGAAGGAGAAGUCUCAAAGCGACAACAACUUGCCAUAGCAGGAAAGGGCAGGGCCCAGUGCACUGCUCUCUAGCUGUCCUGGUCUCCGAGUCUGGCAGAGGAUAGUCAGAUUGUUACACUGACAAGCCUAGAUUACAGAGGAAAAUGUUUACACUGUUAAGUGGAGCCUUUUUUUUUUUUUUCUUUUUUUUUGGUCUUAGUACUUUUUCUAUUUUCUAUGCAGGGACAAAAAUAAAAUGUUUGGGAUGUUAAGUCACCUUCAACAUACCUUUCUUCAUGUUAUCAAUCAAGCAGGAACAAUCAAGCAUUAUU